CUGCUGUCACACGUGCCAGUGAUAAAAAAUCCCGCACACUUUCCACCGAAAGGCGUUAGUGUGUCGUUUUUUCCUAGCAGGCUAUGUCGUUGGGCAACGCAGGGCGAAUUGCUGUUUGUUGGACUGUUCUGACCGUGGGUGGCGUGUACGCUUUUGUGCUGUCGAAACAAUCCGUUGAGAGCCGGCGUUACGAGAGCAUGCGAGUUCGAGAGCGCAUGAGGAAGGCAAACCAGGGCGAUUACGACUCAACCGCAGCAUCGGACAGGCGAUUCGACUACUAACCAGUAGCACCCACCAUAUAGCACCCAGGAGAACCGUAU